AUGCGGCGAGACGAUGCAGGAGAAGACAACGAAAAUGAUUAUAAAGAUGACGAUGACUACGAUACCACGACCACCAAGGGGGAAACUACGACAUCAGAAGGGCUCACGACCACAGAAACCACGACUACAAAAAAGAAGAAAAGAACUAAGGCACCGAAACGACCGAAAUCAACAACAACGCUCUUCAACACGUUAUCGCCGAAGUUCGAUCCCAGCAGAGAGGCAUUGGCGUCAGCGACCACCUCCUUAGCGACGAUUUCAUCUCAACAGCCAAUACGGCCUAGAGCGAAUGCUACCGCAGUUUCGGAUUUCGAUUUUAUGGAAAUCAUUUCGAAUCUUCGAACAGCAUUUGAAGAUUUGGAUGAUGCUGUCAAGUUAGGCGUCGUGGGAGGCCUCGCAAUCUUCGUAGCCCUUCUCCUGUACUGUUGCUAUCAAACGUGCUGCAAUAGGAACCGAGCUGUUCGACAUCAUGUCAUAGUUUUGGAAGGGGGUCAUCGAUCACGAAGACGAUACACGUUUUCACGAUCGGACUCUGUACCACGUGAACGAGCGAAGUCUCCGGACCAAAUCACUCCAGAGAAACUUAGCAAACAAACAGCCCAAACAGCUGAAGAAGGCAGGCCGCUGGAUGAGAAAAGAAAGAGUAACGAAGAUCGGCAGGAUGAUUUCCUCAAACUCAAAGCGACUGCUCCAACUAUGCAGACCUCGGAAGAGAAUGUGCCCACUGCUGAGGGUGGUCCUAAAUUGGCAUUCCCUCCAGUGCCCAGGACACCUCCACCUGCCACACCUUUGGGGAUGGCUAGUCGCGUCGCUCGGAAUUUCAGGAGUUUCUGGCGUAGAUCGCAUGAAGGUAGUAAACCGCCGCCUAUGAAUGCCACUCCUAGCAACAUAUUGGACGCGAUGGGUAACGUACCAGAAAAUAUUCUUGAAGGGCCGCCACCACCACCGCCACCACCACCACCACCCAUCGGCGGAACACCCGUUGGUGUUAGCGGUUCGGCAGAUGGGUACGAGCAAUUGGCGCACUUUCAAAAUCCUUAUCCUUCGCCGGCUGCUCAGUUCUGA